AAAUAAAGAUUAUGUUGGCGGGACAAAUUAUGAAACUAGAAAAAUAGAUAAAGUAUUGUGAAGCAUAAAGUGAGUAUGGAAAAAUGCAAAUUACAAACUGAUUUUAGACUCUUAGUUAUCUGAUACAACUCAUACAAAUAGCUAGCUACUUAAUAACGAAAUUAUUUGUGCAAAGCAAACUUUAAUCUUCCACCCAUAUAAAAAGCAUGCAUUUGCCAACUUGAGUUUAACACACCCACACACACUGUUCCCUACACUCUUCACUCAAAUAAUAAUAACUUCCUCCUUUGCUUCCAUCCUCGCCUCUUCAUCCCUCCUCAUCUUCCUAGCUACAUACUUCCAUGUAUCCGGGAGAAGAGCCACCCCGCCAACACCACCUCCCUAAGAUGGACGACGAAGAUGACGACGACUACGACGAUCACCAACCACCUUACCCUGCUAAUGUAGUAACCCCAACCCACCAACAUCCACCUGCCACCCCACAACAACCUCUUCAACCACCAAAGCAAUUAUUCUCUCCUGGCGGCUCUCACCCUCCUUUCCAAAAACGCCCCACCCCUUCCGCCACCCCUCCGCCGCAACCUCAACCUCAACCUCCAAUGCCACCUCAACAACUUUUACAACCACCUCAACAACCUCUUCAACCACCUCAACAAAUCUUCCUCCCCACCUCCCCUCCUCCUAAAUCCCGGGCCCCACCUAAGCACAACCGCGACGAUGACGAUGACGACGACGACAAUAAAAGUGGACGUCUAUUAUGUGCUGUGAUCACCACCUUAUUAAUACUCAUAGGCAUAACCGUCUUAAUAUUAUGGCUGCUCUACCGCCCGGCGAAACCCCAGUUCACCGCCGUCUCCGCCGCCGUGUACUCCCUCAACACCACCUCCCCGCCGGCGUCAUUCAUCACCACCUCCGUUCAGCUCACUAUCCUCACUCGUAACCCUAGUAAACGUACCGCCAUCCACUACGACCGCCUCACCGUGGCGGUUCACUACCGGAACCACCCCAUCACACCGCCGGCUCCCCUCCCGCCAUUGCACCAGCGUAAGCGGAGCACCGUGAUGAUGUCUCCGGUGAUCGGUGGUGAUGCCGCGGUAGCUACACCGCCUGAGGUGGUGGAGGGGUUAGCGGCCGACGAGGUGUAUGGGGUGGUAGGGUUGAGUUGGGUGUUGAUGGGAAGAGUGAGGUAUAAAGCAGGGUGGUUUAAGAGUGGACAUAGUAGGGUUUAUGUAAGAUGUGAUGUUAUGUUAGGGUUUAAGAAUGGUGGUGGUAGCAAUCCCAAUGGUCAAGUACCUUUGCUUGGAAAUCCUCCUUGUUAUGUUGAUAUUUGAUUACAUUUUAUUUUAUUUUUGCUUUAUAAAUGUUAUUUAUAGAGUGCAAGUUUAAGGUUUUACAGAGGUUUGUGUAAUAAGUAUUUCUUGGCUAAAAUUCAAUAGUAGUGCAACAAUUGUAAAGGAAAGUAUUGAUGCUUUAUUA